GAAUGGCGGUGCCUCAUAUGCCUCGUGUAGUGAGUAGCCUUGUGAGCUUGGGGCUCAUGGUCCCAUCCAACAGCAGAGAGUGCACGGCGUUUUCGGUCGGACCCGAUGGCGGCAGGGAUUAGAUCGUCGAUUUAGCUCGGACUCUCGCGGAGAUGGAGCGUAUCUCGUUCCGCGCGGCUGAUCAUCUCGUUCAUAGAUAUAAACACAGCUUCUUGGGAAACUGCAAAACACUUGUGAACGUGAACUUCUGUGACUUGCACUGACAUUAAUUCGAAGACAUACAUCAUGUCGACGCAGGCCCAGGAAUCUCUGGACAGCUCGAGGGGCUACUUCGAUCACCACUUCAUUAUGGACGCCUUGCCGAAUAGCAAAAUCGCCGGUGCUACAGGAGAACACCCUGUCAUUGCGGGCUUCGCAACCAUCAUCCUUUCCAUCGCUGCUGUCUUACUCUACAAGGCUCAAAAUGUCUCGCGUCUUAUCCAAUUCGCCUGGUGCUGUUUCUUCAAGCCUGUCAAGGGCUCAUCCCAGUCGGAACAUCUGGACUCCUUCUACACCGCCCAAGCCGAUAUCUAUGAUGCGACCAGGACCGCGUUAUUGAAGGGCAGGGAGACGAUGCUCCAACUGGCCGCUGCCGAAUUGAAAGCUCGAUAUGAAGUCACGCCUAGUUCGCCCAACCUCAUGAGACAGCCUCGGAUCUGGGUCGAUCUUGGAGGAGGCACCGGGUAUAACAUCGAGGCGAUGGACCAAUUUAUGCCUAUUGCGACUUUUGACGCAGUCUAUCUGGUCGAUCUUUGCAAGCCUUUGCUAGAGGUGGCGCACAAACGCUUCAAAGAGCGCCGCUGGAAGAACGUUCACGUCGUGCACUGCGACGCUACCAAGUUCAAGCUCCCACUCGACAAGUAUGGGCGUCAAUGUAAAGCGGCCUUGAUCACGAUGAGCUAUUCUUUGUCGAUGAUUCCGCCGUAUCACAAAGCACUCGAUAGGAUGUCGGAUAUGCUCGACCCGAAGGGCGUCAUGGGUGUCGUCGACUUUUACGCAAAGAGAUGUAAGAACAAGAAUCCGCACAUUAGCGACCUGAACAUGGAUACUGGCCUCUUUGGUACCUGGUUCUGGACUACCUGGUUCUCGUUUGAUCACGUCCACCUAAAACCGGACCGAAUGGAAUACCUACAAUAUCGAUUCGCCGGACGCAAGCAGAUCUAUGCCCGCAACGAGUUCAUUCUGCCUUGGGCGAUCCAGAUCCCUUAUUACAUCUAUCUCGGUGACAAGCGACAGGACGUCACUCCUGAGGCGAUCUCACUCCCACAACCGACCAAUUUUCGGCUUGAGCACGGCCUUCUGACGCCGGUUUCUCCGUGGCAAAAAGCCAAUACACAAGAGGACGCGGCCGACCUCACCGAGUUCAGUCUUGGUGCCAGCGCAUUGGAUGAUACGGUCCAGCAGGCCGUAGUCGCGCAAAGGGUAGUGAAACAAAGAGCUCAAUCCGCAUGGCGCUUGCCCUACGAAGAACAGGAAGUACACAAGGAAUUCCGGACACAUAUCUAUGGCUGGACGUGGGAGGAUCCUGCUGUAGACGUCGAAAAGUUACAGAUCCAGGAUGGCGAUUCGAUCCUUUGCAUCACCAGUGCUGGGGACAAUGUUCUCCACUAUGCUAUCAAGGCACAAGUUGAGGUACAUUCUGUGGAUAUGAACCCCUGUCAAGGCAAUAUCCUAGAACUCAAGCUCGCAGCUAUUAAAGCGUUGGAGUACGCUGAUUUCUGGAAGAUGUUCGGUGAAGGCUGUCAUUCCGAGUUCGAAAAGCUUCUGGACGCCAAGCUGUCGCCUUACCUUUCAUCGGGGACCUACGCUUAUUGGAAGGCGAACAGCUACCAAUUCACCACCAACUGGUUUCUGCAAGGAUAUUCCGGAUGGGCCAUCCGCUUGGCCAACUUUGCUUUCCGUGCCAUGGGGGUGACCAAAGAUGUCCAGCGUUUCAUCAACGCAGAUUCGACCAUCGAGCAGCAAAAGAUCUGGGCGUCAAAACUUCGCUGGGUACUGCUCAACCCGGUGAUGCGGACGGUCCUGGCCUCACCAGUCUUCUGCUGGAACGCCUUGGGAGUUCCUCGAAACCAACUCUCGGUCCUGCUCGAGGACGGUGACAUCUCCUCCUUUAUUGCCGGCACUUUUGACCCGCUACCAGGCCUUGCCACAUUCAAGAACGGAGCCUAUCACUACUUUUUGUGCUUGAAUGGAAAAUACACUCGCUCCUCGUGCCCCUUGUACCUCACGCCGGAGGGUUUCAACGCGCUCAAGAGCCGGUCCGGCGGCAGGACCCAGAACAUCCGACUGCACACCGAUACCAUUCUCAACGUCUUGUCCGGUCUGGGCGACGGAUCCUUGACCAAGAUCAUCGUCAUGGAUUCUCUGGACUGGUUCGACCGGAUCGAUCCGUCCAAGCCCAUGCCUGCGGACAGGUACAAAAGGAUGACAGACGCUAGCCCAGAGGAGGCGCUUGAUAUGCUCCACAGCGAACUCGAUCACGAGAUCAUCGAGAUGAAACGAGUCCUCAAAUCGGGCGGAAUGGCCGUCUGGCGUUCGGCGGGGAAAUAUCCUUGGUACCGACAGCGGUUCGAGCUGGCUGGGUUUGAGGUCGAGCCGAUCGACAUUAGACAGACCGGGCUCGCCAUCGAUCGAGUGAAUAUGUAUGCUUCGUUCUGGAAGGCUGUCAAGGUAUAGCGCAAGACAAGGCACUAGGUUGCGGAGAAAGGAUAUAAACGCAGACCCAGGAGGUUGAGAUGACGGAAAACAGGCUCGUAACCGAUUCACAACAUC